UAUUUAUUUUAUACUCUCUUCGUGUCGAACAACCUCAUUUCAGUUUGGUUUCAAACGUAUAUAUAUCUAGACAGACUUGCUGCUCACAUUACAUUUAAUUAUGCUGGUAGCAAAACAAACCCAGGUCCAGAUGCGGGCAGAAGACAGUGAAACGGAUGACGUGUUGACCGAUUCGCGUUCGCGUUCCACCAGCUCUAGUGGGGAGCUGAAAUCACUCUCGGACGGUACAGAAGUGCAGCAAAUGCAGGCACCAAAGGACAUCCAAUUAAAACACCCAUUAGAGCACACCUGGACACUCUGGUAUCUGGAGAACGAUCGCUCCAAGUCCUGGGAGGAUAUGCAAAAUGAAAUUACAAGUUUCGACAUGGUAGAGGAUUUCUGGAGUCUCUACAACCACAUUAAGCCACCAUCGGAAAUAAAGAUUGGCAGCGACUAUUCGCUGUUCAAAAAGGGCAUAUUACCCAUGUGGGAAGAUCAGGGCAACAAGUGUGGCGGUCGUUGGGUCAUAAAUAUGGGUCGCUGCACUAAGCUGGAACUGGACAAGCUAUGGCUAGAUGUGCUGUUAAUACUGAUUGGCGAGACCUUUGAGCACAGCACUGAAAUCUGCGGAGCAGUCAUCAACUUGCGGGGCAAGACCAACAAAAUUUCGAUUUGGACAGCCAAUGGGCACAACGAGGUGGCCGUUAUAGAGAUUGGACGCAAACUGCGCGACCUACUGGGGUUCCAGGCACAUCAACUGCAAUACCAAUUGCACAAGGACUUGAUGACCAAGCAAGGCUCGCCGGUCAAAGCCGUUUACGUAGUGUAAGCCCCUGUGCUAGUACUCUUUCCUCUCGUUGGAGGUGCUAGAAGAGCGAAUAUUCCAAAAACGUAAAAAAAAAGAGAAACCUUACAAACUCACACUAACAUCACUAAUACCCAAAUUUCUCCUCCCCACACACACAUGACUUCCACUCAUACAUGUUACAAAUAUUAACGCCAGACUAUAAAAUAUACAAAACUGAAGUGUAGGCAAAAAGAAUUGCCAAAAACCGCAAAUGGUUGUA